AUUUAUUCUGCUCAAGGCGUGCGGGGAACUAUUUGUAUCCGUUCAGAGUUUCCUAACUCAUCGUCCUUUACUUUGCCGACAUGUCGAAGAUGAUGAAAGCCAUCAGAGUAAGUGAGUUUGGGGCCCCGUCGGUGCUCAAACUGUGCUCCAGCGUUCCGCUUCCAAAGCCUGGACCCCAACAGGUGCUGAUCCGUGUCCGUGCCUGUGGCGUGAACCCCGUGGAGACGUACAUUCGCUCUGGAAUGUUUCCUGUCAAGCCCAGCCUGCCGUACACACCGGGCAGCGACGCGGCCGGAGUGGUGGAAGCAGUGGGAGAAGGAGUCUCUGCCCUGAAGGCUGGAGAUCGCGUUUACACCACGGGCACGUUGACCGGAGCUUAUGCAGAGUUCACUGUAGCAGCUGACGACUGUGUCCACAAACUGGCUGAAGGUUUAGACUUCACCCAGGGAGCAGCCAUGGGGGUCCCUUACUUCACUGCCUACAGGGCGCUGAUCCACAGAAGCUGUGCGAAGCCUGGAGAGACGGUCCUGAUCCAUGGAGCCAGUGGAGGGGUGGGGGUGGCUUCUUGCCAGUUGUCUCGUGCUCUGGGUCUCAAGGUGUUGGGAACAGCAGGAACAGCAGAGGGAAUGAAGCUGGUUUUGAAGAACGGAGCUCACCUGGCCUUUAACCACAGAGAGAAGGACUACACUGAUAAGAUCAUGGAAGCCACUGGUGGCAGAGGAGUAGACGUGAUUCUGGAGAUGGUGGCACACGUCAACCUGAGUAAAGACCUGAGCAUUUUGGCCCCCGGGGGACGAGUCAUGAUCGUGGGCUCCGCGGGUCCCAUAGAGAUCAACCCUGCAGACACCAUGUUCAAGGAGGUCGGCAUCAAGGGAGUGGCGCUCUAUUCUGCUACACCGGAGGAGAAGCGGGAGUCCGCAGCGUUUCUCCACUCAGGGAUGGAGGCAGGUUGGCUGCGUCCAGUCAUCGGCUCUAAGUACGCACUGGAUCAGACAGCCCAGGCCCACCAGGACAUGUCCAAGUCCCCCGGAGCUGCUGGGAAGGUGGUGCUGACCAUGUGACGCUGCUACCGGCAGACGCAGAGGGCCCAGGGUUCAUCACCACACCAGUCAAAGACCCAUCAAGACACAUUCAUGAGGACUCACUCGAGUGUGACUGUGAAGGAGACAGAUUUAUCUGGCAGCUCUAUGAUGAUGAAGCACUUGUUGGAACAUGACAAAAACGAAUGAUAAUAAAAUUGU